CGCUUUCCUUUCUCCAAUUAACUUCUCCGUUUCUUCAAUUUCCAAACAAAUAUGUCACACUCCAAUUAUCAAUCAGUGGUGAGUCAUCUGUCUUCUUAAAUCAACGCUUUCAUCUCUACCCUGUUUGUCUGCAGCCAGCUUAUGCAAGAUUCCCCCAUUAAAGAUUUCAUUUUGAUCCUUAGCAUACACUCAACUCAAUGGCAUCUACUUCAGCUUCAUCCAUUCAAAAGAGCUUCAAGUACGAUGUCUUUUUAAGUUUCAGGGGUGAAGACACUCGUAAAAACUUUGUUGAUCAUCUCUAUCACGCUCUUACGCAGAAAGGCAUUUCCACAUACAGAGAUGAUGAAGAAAUCAAGAAAGGUGAAAAGAUCAGUGAUGAGCUCAUCAGAUCCAUCAAGGACUCGAAAUUUUACAUUAUUGUUUUCUCCAAGAACUAUGCAUCUUCAUCGUGGUGCUUAGACGAACUUGUCAAGAUUAUGGAGUGCCAGAAGACGAACGAGCACACUGCUUUCCCGGUCUUCUAUGAUGUGGAACCUACCGAAGUCAGGAAACAAAGUGGCCCCGUUGAAAAAGCAUUUGAGAAACAUAAAGAGGAAGAAUCUGCUGAGAAAUGGAAAAAGGCUCUUAGAGAAGCUGCAGAUCUGGCUGGGUGGGAGUUGAAGAACAUCUUUGAUGGGCAUGAAGCGAAAUUGAUCACAAAAAUGGUGGAAGAGAUCUCACUAGAGCUACGUUUCACUGACUCGAGCGUUGAUGGGAAAUUAGUAGGCAUGGAGACACGUGUAAAAGAUGUGGUUUCAUCUUUAGACAUUAAUAUUGAAGAUCAUGUUCGCAUGAUAGGGAUAUGGGGGAUGGGAGGGGCUGGGAAGACAACUUUGGCGAGAGCUGUUUUUGAUCAAAUAUCCUUUCGGUUCGAAGGUUCAAGCUUUGUUGGGAAUGUAAGGGAAAUGUCAGGAAACCCCCGUGGAUUGAAGUCGUUGCAAAAACAAGUACUUUCAGAUGUGUUAAAUGAUCCAAACAUCAUAGUAAAUGGUGCAUCUGACAUGAAAAGGAUGAUGCGUGGUAGAAAGGUUCUUGUUGUUCUAGAUGAUGUGGAUCAUAUAGACCAACUUGAGGCAUUAGCUGGUGAGCCUAAUUGGUUUAACCCGGGGAGCCGAGUUAUCAUUACAACAAGAGAAGAACAAGUGUUGGUGGCACAUGGAGUGCCAAACAACUUGAUUCUUCACGUCAAUCUGUUAUCGCGUGAGGAAGCAAAUUGCCUCUUCAAUAGGUAUGCAUUUAGGAGACUGAUACCAAACCAAGGUUAUGAAGAGCUAGCAUGUCAAGUCAUACACUACGCUGCUGGUCUUCCGUUGACGAUCAAAGUUCUGGGUUCAUUUUUACGUGGUAAAGAUGAGCUUGAAUGGAGAGAUGCUUUAGACCGACUAAAAACAAUUCCAUUAAAGGAAACUCUGAAGAUAUUGGAAGUAAGCUAUGACGGACUAGAAGAGGAUUACAAGGAAAUAUUUCUAGAUGUUGCAUGUAUACUAAAAGGUUGGAAGAAAGAAAAAGCAAUCAGAGCGCUUGAAAGCUGCGGUUUUCAUGCCAGAAGUGGUUUAAAAGUUCUUGAGCAAAAAUCUCUUAUAACUGUAACUCGUUAUGGGAACUUGGAUAUGCAUGACCAUAUAGAAGAAAUGGGUAAGAAUAUUGUUCGUCGUUUGCACCCCAAUGAGCCUCACAGACAUAGCCGAUUGUGGAUUAAAGAGGAGAUUGAAGAUAUAUUGGUUAAUAAUAAGGGUACUAAAGCAAUAAGAUGUAUAAAACUGCUCUUGGUCAAUCUAUCUGUUGCCAAGGAAGGUCUUCAAAAAAUGAGGGGACUUAGAUUUCUUGAAAUGGAUCAUCGAUGUGAUGGUGACUGUGAGUGCAAGGAUAUUGGUGAAGAUAACAUAUGCCUACCAAAUGGGUUAAGAUAUUUGUCUUUGUACAAUUACCCUUUUAAGUGUUUUCCCAAAAACUUUCAACCAAAUAAUCUUGUUGGCCUUCAAAUGCUGCACAGCAAUGUGGAUCAACAUUGGGAAGUGGGAGAAAAGGUUCUAAAGAAUCUUAGAUUCAUUGACCUCUGGAAUUGUGGGUCGCAAUCCUUGAAUAUUGGGUUGAGUAUGAAUCUCGAGUGGUUAAAUCUAUAUAGAUGUAAUCAUUUGGUAGAACUUCACAUGCCCGUUGAAAGUCUAAAGCUCAAAAGCCUCCGCCUCAUUAAUACUAAGUUGAAAACACUUAACCUUAAGGGAGCUCAGAAUCUCGAGAUCUUAGUUCUUGAAAAAUGUGAGGAUUUGGUAGAACUUGACAUGCCCAUUGAGUGUCUGAUGCUUGAAAGGUUCCACCUCAGUAAUACUAAGUUGAAAACACUUAACCUUAAGGGGUGUCGGAAUCUCGAGAGGUUAGAGAUUGAACAAUGUGAGGAUUUGGUAGAACUUAAGGUGUGUCGGAAUCUUGAGACGUUAAAUAUUUAUCAGUGUGAGGAUUUGGUAGAACUUGAGAUGCCGGCUGAAAGUCUGAUGCUCAAAAGCCUCCACCUCGGUAAUACUAAGUUGAAAACACUUAACCUUAAGGGAGCUCAGAAUCUCCAGAAGUUGGAUGUUAAACAAUGUGAGGAUUUGGUAGAACUUGACAUGCCCGUUGAAAGUAGUCUGAUGCUCAAACGCCUCCACCUCGGUAAUGCUAAGCUGAAAACACUUAACCUUAAGGGGUGUUGGAAUCUUGAGACGUUAGAUCUUGAAAAAUGUGAGGAUUUGGUAGAACUUCACAUGCCCGUUGAAAGUCUGAUUCUCAAAACCCUCCACCUCUGUACUCCUAAGUUGAAAACACUUAACCUUAAGGGGGCUCGGAAUCUCGAGAAGUUAGAUGUUGAACAAUGUGAGGAAUUGAUAGAACUUAACCUGCCCGUUGAAAGUCUAGAGCUCAAAUGCCUCUCCCUCCAAUGUUGUAAGGUUAAAACACUUAACCUUAAGGGGACUCGGAAUCUCGAGACGUUAUAUCUUAACCAUUGUGAGGACUUGGUAGAACUUCACAUGCCCAUUGAAAGUCUAAACCUCAAAUUGAUCUGCCUUCGAUAUAAUAAGUUGAAAACACUUAACCUUAAGGGGACUCGGAAUCUCGAGAUGUUAGAUCUUGAACAAUGUGAGGAUUUGGUAGAACUUCACAUGCCCGUUGAAAGUUUUAAGCUCAGAUCCUUUAACAUUUGCUGUUCUAAGUUGAGAACCCUUGACCUUGGGCUGACUCCAAAUCUUGAGGAGUUAGAUCUUAAAGAUUGUUAUGAUUUGGUAGAAGUUCAUGUUCCUGUUGGAUGUCUAAAAAAGGUUGCCUGCUCAAACUUAAGUGGCUGGGUCAUGUUUGCACCUCUGUUGGUUAACCAAGGGUUUCCUGAGGUUGAUCCUAGAACAGAGUUAAUUCUAACUGUCACAUCCUUAGAUACAUCUUCAUUGCACCCUGACAUUAAUUUGCCUAAGUUCCAGCUUCGUUGUGUUUAUAAUGAAAGUCUACUCUCGCCGUCCGGAAAUCUUGGGAAGCUUAUUUCUUUUGGUCUUUGUGGUUGCACAAGCCUUGCGAGUUUAUCAGGAAGUAUAUCUUUGAGAAGUAUUUGUGGUUUACAAUGUUUAAAGAAGCUUACACUCGAAGGCUUUAUUCCAGAGGUGCCCAACGAGCUUGACCAGUUAGAGUUUCUAGAGGAGCUAACUUUGUCGUCAACAAAGAUCAAACAUCUUCCUGAUAGAAUUUGUAUGUUGAAACGUCUUAAACUUCUCCGGUUUAAAUCUUGUUGGCUUCUUGAGCAGUUACCUGAGGAUCUUGGCAGAUUAGAGUGUUUAGAGGAGCUGUACUUGACGGAGUGUCUAUUCUUACGUGAUAUUCCAAACAGCAUAUGUGAGAUGAAACGUCUAAAAUGUUUCCAUCUCCCAUAUUGUGUUCUGGUUGAAAAAUUGCCUGAGGAAAUUGGUCGUAUAAAUUGUUUAAAAGAGUUGAAUAUAGAAGGCACAGGCAUAAAGCAUCUUCCUCAGAGUACUUUUCAAUUGAAAGGUCUGCGUAUUCUUGGGUCUAGGUGGCAGCUUGAGUCAUAUGAUUUUACAUCGGUAACGCAAAUUUCAGAAUACAUGGCCUUCUGGUACAUAUAGCUGUGGAUAACAUGCACUCCGGCCCACAACACACUGAAUUCUUAACCGGUCUAAAUAAUGAGAAAGAUAAGUUGGAGGGCUGUUUGGGUAAAGGAAGCAAGAUAGGAGGGUUAGCAGUGACAAAGAGUGAAAGCUGGAGGGUUCUUAUUCAUAAUUUGCUCAUGUAUUCAAGAGUGAAAGAUGCAGAAUUUGGAAAAGAAUGGCUCAAUGUGACAAGAUUCAGUGACUAGGAAGAUCAGAGUGAAGACAAACAAGAAGAGGACAUCAUAUCGAACAUUGCACCAAUCCUUCUUGCUGUAAGCAGGUUCUUUGAGGCAAAUCAAACAGUUGAUAAUAUAAACUCAUUUUGUCAUUUUGGAGCUAAAGCUCAUAAGUAUCAUGUUCCAGAGCGCACCAACAACCACUAGUCUCCAAUCCGCAGUUGACUUGAGAAAAGGCUUGUGUAGGCAAAUGAAAAAGGUCAAGUCUAUUUGGCAAUUGGCAUUUCGUCGAAAAUAUGGAGUAACAGACCAUGUGAAAGUUGAUUUUGAAGGGCGUUUAUUUCUCUAAACCUUUCUAGUUUGAAGAUUAAUAUUUUGAGUCUUGUUCACCCACAUCAGGUUAUUUAGGUUCUUAUUAAUAAUUUGCUUCUUAGUAAUCUGCUUAUAAUUUAGGUAUAUGGUUAUUGAGAGUAUGAUUGUGCAAUGAAAGUAUGAUCCCCCAACUACCUACAAAAAUUUUAGAAUGUGAAGUUUGAUAAGUUAACAUAGUUGACUUAUUUAGUAA